AUACUUUAGAAAAUCAAGAUGAUGAUAAUCAAAAAUUAGAAGAAAAUAUAAGUUUAUUACAAAAUGAAACUAAUUUUAAAAAAUCUUUUGAAAAAAAUUGUUGUGAAAAAAAUUGUUUACAAACUCAAGUUGAGUAUUCUAUAGCUUUAAUUAGAUAUUUAAAUUUUAAAAAUCUUUCUAAAUCAUUUCAAGAUAUGUAUUUAUUAGGUAUAAUUGCUGCUACUAAACGGCUUAAAAUUAUUAAAAAUUCAAAAAAAUCUAAACUUACUACAGAAUAUACUUUUGAAGGAAAAUCAAUUUAUCAUUUUAUAGAACAUGAUAUUAAUUUAAGAAUUAAUUCAAAUACUAGAAAAGUUAGUAAUCGAGCAAUAUCUUUAGAAAUAGUAAUGAAAGUUAUUUCUUUCAUAGGAAAUUUUGCAAAACAAAAUGGUUUACCAUCUCCAGGUCGAAAUUUUCAAGAUAAUACUAUUGCAAUUAUAUAUUUACCAGCAGAUAUUACUUAUUUAUCUUUACAUACACAAUAUUUAGAAGCAAUUAAAGCUAAUAAUCAAUUUGAAGUUAGCUUAAAAACAUUUAUUAGAAUUUGGAAAAAAUUUUUACCACAAAUUAAAAAAUUAAUACCUCGUAGUGAUUUGUGUUUUAAAUAUAAAGAUAUAAGAUUUAAUGCAAAUUAUUGGACAAUUGAAGAAAAAGAUACUAAAGUUUUAGAAUA